AUUCUUUUGGUUUUUGACAUGGAUCGUUCAAACGAAUAUAAUGAUUUACAAUGGGCGAUCGGUCUGAAUCGUUGCAUGUUGAAAAUUGUCGGCUUGUGGCCGCCAGACAGUAACAACAUACGUGAACUUUUAUUUUCGAAACUCUGUCGGCUAUUCAAUAUCGUCAUAUUGAUCUUUGUACUUACGAUACCGGCCUUGAUGUCACUGAUUAGAGUAUGGGGUGACAUGAUGUCGAUAAUAGACAACUUACAAUAUACCUUACCUCUGUUGAUCACAAUACUGAAAGUAUCCAUCAUGUGGAGCAAAAAGAAAGUUUUAACGUCAUUAAUCAACAUGAUAACGAACGAUUGGAUAAAAACGAAAGUAGAAGAGGAACGAAACGUUAUGCUGCGAUAUGCUAGAAUCAGUCGUAUAUUCGCUACAUGCGGUGGAUUCAUGAUACUUUCAACAUUGAUUUUUGGCCUUAUUUUUCCAUGUUUCGGAUUGACAAUCAGGCACGUGACGAACCUGACCGACCCUGGAAAACCCUUACCAAUACAAUCGUAUUACUUGCACGACGUAUCUAAGAGCCCACAGUUCGAGCUGACGCUUCUGAUACAAGGGAUCGGGUUGACUUUGUCAGGUGUUACUUACACCGGGGUGGAUACCUUCUUAGGCUUAUUAGUUUUGCAUAUAUGCGGCCAAAUGGAGAAUCUACAUAUGCGUUUAACAAAUUUGGGAGAGAAAACAAAUUACAAAAUAGCUUUAAAGUAUAACGUCAAAGAUCACGUCCGAUUAAUCAGGUCCAUCCAAAUAAUUGAUAAUACUUUCCAUUUAAUGCUGCUCGGUCUAUUCUUCUUAUUUGGUAUAUUGUUUUGUCUUCAGGGAUUUCUAAUAAUUAAUGUUGUUCAUCAAGGAAGUCAGUUAUCAUUAGUGCAAUUGGUUUCGUUCCUCGCCGCCAAUAUAUGUGUUUUGUUGCAUACAUGUCUCUACUGUACAGUCGGUGAAUUACUCGUGACACAAUCUGAAAGAAUACACCGUGCCGCAUAUGAAUCAGUGUGGUACACCAUUAAGCCACAAAUAGCAAGGAACUUGACAUUAAUCAUGCUGCGCGCAAAUAAAUCACUCCGUAUUACAGCAGGAAAAACGUUCCCCUUAACAAUGGGCACGUUUUGCCACUUACUGAAAACAUCGGCAGGCUAUAUUUCUGUGUUACUUGCCAAUCAAGAUUGACAAUUUAGUAGUUCAGUACAAUUAGUUCAGUACAAUUAGUUCAAAGCUCAGUCAAUACUUUAGUAUACCAAUAUAAUAUAAAAAUUAAAUGUAAUUUCUUUAUAUAUAUUUGAUA